CCAAUCAUUUGAAUACUCAAAUAAAAAUACAAAAGCAAACACCAUCUCUCUCUCUCUCUCUCUAGAUGAGUGAAAUCUGAAUCCACACCUAUCCUCUCGCCCAAUUCUGUUUCCACUGAACUUUCAGGAUGAAAAAUGGCAGUAGCUGAAGCUAGGGCGGUUUUGCACAGGACAGCUAACCGAUGCAUGGUGCAAGAAGAUGCAAAGCGAGCUCCAAAAUUCGCUUAUUGCUCGACAAUACCUACAUCUGUGAAACAGGCUGAUACUGUCUCUAGUGCAUCCAGAGGCCUAGAUGUUCCCAAUGGAGUGUCCAUACCUUUUAAUCUAAAUCCUUCAUUUAUAAAUUUAUCCCCCAAUUCGAAAUGGUGGCUGCAACCGCAACUAAAUUAUGGGUAUCAGAAGGGUUCGACAAAUCAACAGUUUACAUCUUCCGAGUGUAGUAUGGAUAUCUGGCAAAAGCACGAAAGCUCUGGAGCUUUAGUGAGGAAUGAGGAUAAUCAGGGUAGAAAUAUAGUAACUGGUGAAAAGUUAGAGUUUGGAGUUAAAGAGGAUGAUAGAGAAGUACCUGUUAAAGAUCUUGGUCCCAAGGUUCCAAAACAUGCUGAUGAGAUUUCUUUUGAUCCCAAGUCGCGGGUAGGGGCUGGAAAAAAUGCUCCGUGGUGGCGAACUGCUGAUACUGAUGAAUUGGCUUUGUUGGUUGCACAAAGGUCGCUUGACUAUAUAGAGAAUUGUGACCUUCCCAUGCCUCAGAACACUCAUGUGAAGAAGGAUGUGGAUGUAAAGCUAUCUUGUUUUUGCCAUGAUGGAAGUGCCUGUGACAAACAUUUUGUGUUAGCAGAGGGUCAAUCAGAAAACAGUACAGAGAAGCUCUUUAGUGAUAUCCCGACUCUUGAAACAACGGUUGAGAAUGACCAGAGCAAGGCCCAACUGAUGGAAGCCCUAUGUCACUCCCAGACUCGUGCAAGAGAAGCCGAGAGGGCAGCAAAACAAGCCUGUGCAGAGAAAGAGCAUGUGGUCAAGCUUGUAUUUAGGCAAGCAUCUCAGCUGUUCGCCUAUAAACAGUGGCUCCGAAUCGAGAGCAUGUAUCUCCAGUUCCUGAACAGCUCAAGCCAGUCAGUGGUCCCUAUGGUACCUUGGGCACCUCAAAUAACUAAGAAGGCACAGACGGCCAGAGACAUGACUUCCAGUAGAAACCGCGCCAAAAAUUCAAGCUCUCGGCAUGAAGCUAGUAAGUGUACAGUUGCUUUCACCAUAGGGCUAGGACUAGCUGGUGCUGGAUUCUUGCUGGGAUGGUCCAUUGCGUGGAUGUUUCCAAGUUGGUGAUAAAGUUGUGCAGUCUGUAUAUCAUCUACUGCAGCUUGAGAGUUUUGUGCGCUUGUAUGAUGUUAAUAGAGCUGUAUUUUCCCUUUUCUUGUACGUGAUUAAGUGUAUUGCCUUUAAUUUCAGUUUUUUGGUCUUUGAGUUAUCCUUCUACGUUAUGUAGCAAUGUUGUAAAUAUGAUCUUGAUGGAACUUUGGCAAAUACUUGCAAUAAGAUUGGGCUAAGGGAUGGAGUUGUAGCA